GGCAGAUAUGGCGUCCUGGCCUUUUGUCUCCAGUGGCGAAGGGCACGCUGUUAACAAUCAUACGGUUGGACCAAAGAGAGCACACUCGACUCGGAUCCACCGCCUGACAUACGUGAUUUGGCUUGUGCUCUUUUACGCUGCUCUGGUUCUUUUCUCGUGGAUCGUGAUAUGCAAGCUCAACUACCGUCCCAUCACGGCAAAUCAUUAUGGUGUCUGGGUGUGGAACGACGACAAUAACGGCUACGGAUGGUCGCAUGACGAUGUUAUCCAGGCUCAAUAUCAAAGGAACGAGAAAUGGUACAAGGCUGCCCAAGUCAUCCAGUCUGUUGCCAGUGUGUUAACUAUCCCUUUGACGUCUGCCGUGUGUUCGAGUGCGGCUGUGGUGUAUCUCCAACAUUGUAAUGAUGGGCGAACUCCAAGAUUCACCCUCCGCCAGAUGACCGUCCUAGCAGAUAAAGGCUGGACAGAUAUCGAAACCUAUUUCCGACUGCUAACUGGCCGAUUCCGUCGCUAUGGGAGCACUUUCCUGCUCUGGGCGGUGCUGUUACAUGCUAUCGGGGCCAUCAUCGCCCCGCUGCAGCAGAUCUUUCUCUCGACAAAGACAAUCAAAACCCCGACAUAUCCUGUUCCCGUUAAUUUUCUUCUCGAUAUACCCGACAAGUUCGAACACAUGAAGCUUACCGAACUUGGCACGGGCGCAACUGUCAGCGUAGUCCGUGAUUUACUCGCCUCCACGUCGGGCAAUGACUUCCCCGCCCUGCUCUGGGCUGGAAGUAACAACUGCAUCCCUAUGGAUAAUAUCACCAUGGACGAAGGCAUGUUAUGCACCCAAGGUGGCGUAAGCUGGGGCAACUUGUCAAUUUUGUCCGACCCGUUUCUCGCACAGCUGCCCAGGGACUACAACACCGGGCUGAUCCAGCAGUUCCUGCCCCGGUUCAAUUCCACGGCCCGCUACGAGAUCAUCCCUGUCGCCGAGUUUCCAACCGAUUGCGAUACGAUACCGGGGGCUUUAUCCAUUCGACAUAUGGGAAGUCCUGUUGAGUUUCCCUCGCAGGAGCUGUCCUGGGCAGUCCAUGCCUGCAUGCCUGUUGAUCUUCGAGUGUCACCGUGGAAGAAGACUCGAGCCCGACAGGACUUUACGGAAGAUCUCUACCUCAACGUUUCUUUGUCGAAUGAUCUGCUAUUCAAUCUUAUGGCAGAAAAUCCAUCAUCGCCAUUCUCUGAAUAGUUCCGCAUCACCGUCGACACCACAGCCGGUUAUUUUGAACUGCCCAACUAUAUGAACGGCCAAAAGGCUGGGCCUCUCCUCCGCGACGACCCCAGCACUUCCUGUGAGAACUCCUGUGGUGUUCAGGGCAUGGGGGACUCAGAAGACGGCUUUGAUAUCUACAAUCAUCACGAGCCCAACAAAAAGAAGAAGCGCGGAAAUGACACCAUGCCAGCGAUCGAAAGCCUCGAACUUGUCCU